AUGUCUACCUUCACGAUGGUGACGCCAAAGUUGACGCCUGGCCAAAUUUCUCGAAUGGAUGAAGAUCGGAGUGUGUCCGUCAUCGCUGUUGGCACUCUCUUCAUCGUCCUUUGCACAGUCGCCAUCGGACUCCGUUUCUAUGCCAGAUACAACCGUCGCCUCGGUAUCGAGCUGGACGACUGGUCAGCAUUGGCCGCACUGCUCUUCGUCAUCCUCUACUGCGUCUCGUGCGUCAUAGCUCUUCCGUUUGGUAUGGGAAAGCAUGUCUGGGCUGUCGACCCCACGCGUAUCUGGCGCAUUCUCCAGAUCGGCCUCUUCAAUGCCCUUAUUUACUUUACAACCCACUUUUUCAUCAAGCUGUCUAUCCUUGCCUUUUACAAGAGAAUCUUCACCCUGAGGAUACUGUGGUUCAGGUGGUGCCUGAUCGCCAUCGCCAUCUACAACGGAGGCUGGUUCAUCUCGUCGUUUUUCGCUGCCCUCUUCCAGUGCUACCCUCCCCAGUACUUUUGGGAGCAGCAGAAUCCUGCUCUUGCGCCCCCUCCGGCAGGCACGUGCGGAGCUCACAACGCUCCUCUCGUCAUCUCCACUAGUGCCCUCAAUACAUUUGGCGACAUCCUCAUCUUUGCUCUCCCGCUCGCCAUGCUUUCUAAAAUCCAGCUCAAUCGUGCCAAUAAACUAUCUCUGCUGGGUGUCUUUGCCACUGGUGCCUUUGCCAUUAUCGCUGGAAUUAUUCGUUUGACGAGCACUCUUUCUGCCGUCGGUCUCGGCGCCGACGUGACAUGGAUCACAGCCGAUAUUUACAUGUGGACGGCCGUUGAGGGCGGAGUGGGACUAAUCUGCGCAUGCAUGCCCACCAUCGGACCCCUCCUUGGCCUGGCUGGAAAGAAGAUUUCGGGACAUGUCAUGGAGCACACCACGAGAUCUCAGGCCCACAAAGUCCACGGCACACCGCGUUCCGACGCCGGUAGCUGGAACGCUAAGUCGAUGGUACGCAAGUCUACAGUCCUGAGCAGCAGUGGCAGCUAUUCGGCAUCAUCUGAUGAGAAUCUCGAGCUCAAAAUGCAGAGCCCUCGAAGCAUAAUUCGCACCGACGAGUUUUCUGUCGGCAGGAGCUCGCGCAAGGACGACACCUCGUUCGAGACGGAUGUCAUCAUUGGCACCGCCAUCACCAGCCCGGUAUAA